AUGUCUCCAAAGGAAGAUUGGGAGAAGUAUAAGCCUCCAGUGGAAACGGAGGAUGAGCAGAAGCAAGCAGAUGAUAAAAUUAAACCUCUUACCGAGGGCGAUAUUCAAGUCCUCAAGACAUAUGGGGCUGCUCCUUACGCAGCUAAGUUAAAAUCAACCGAAAAGGAUCUUAAGGACAUUGAACAGCGUAUUAAGGAGAAGGCUGGGGUUAAAGAGAGUGAUACAGGUUUAGCACCCUCUCAUUUGUGGGAUAUUUUGGGUGAUAGACAAAAAUUGAGUGAAAGACAUCCAUUACAAGUUGCCAGGUGCACGAAAAUCAUCAAGUCGGAGCCUUCUAGGGACAGUGCGGGCGGAAGUAGCAGUGCGACCACUGUGGGGGACGAUGAUGAAGAUGCCAAGUAUGUCAUUAAUUUGAAGCAGAUUGCGAAGUUUGUUGUUGGGUUGGGCGAAAGAGUUUCUCCUACGGAUAUUGAGGAAGGUAUGAGGGUUGGUGUUGAUAGAUCGAAAUAUUUUAUUGAGUUGCCGUUGCCACCGCGUAUUGAUCCUAGCGUGACGAUGAUGACUGUUGAAGAAAAGCCGGAUGUGACUUACUCUGAUGUUGGGGGUUGCAAGGAGCAAAUUGAAAAAUUGAGGGAGGUUGUUGAGUUGCCGCUUUUGUCGCCGGAGAGAUUUGCCGCGUUGGGUAUUGAUCCUCCAAAGGGUAUUUUGCUUUAUGGCCCACCAGGUACCGGUAAGACGUUGUGUGCCCGUGCUGUGGCGAACAGAACAGAUGCGACAUUCAUUAGGGUGAUAGGGUCCGAAUUGGUUCAGAAGUACGUUGGUGAGGGUGCGCGUAUGGUUAGGGAAUUAUUUGAGAUGGCAAGGACCAAGAAAGCAUGUAUAAUCUUUUUUGAUGAAGUGGACGCCAUUGGUGGGGCGCGUUUCGAUGAUGGUGCUGGUGGCGACAAUGAGGUUCAAAGAACAAUGUUGGAGUUGAUCACCCAAUUAGAUGGGUUCGACCCCCGCGGUAAUAUCAAGGUGAUGUUUGCUACCAAUAGACCAAAUACACUAGAUCCUGCAUUGCUAAGGCCAGGAAGAAUAGAUCGUAAAGUUGAAUUCUCCUUACCAGACUUGGAAGGCCGCGCUAACAUAUUCCGUAUCCACACCAAAUCCAUGAGUGUAGAACGUGGCAUUAGAUGGGAAUUGAUUUCGAGAUUAUGCCCCAACUCCACAGGAGCAGAGUUGAGAUCUGUAUGUACAGAAGCCGGCAUGUUUGCAAUCAGAUCUAGAAGGAAAGUGGCUACAGAGAAGGAUUUUUUGAAAGCUGUAGAUAAAGUCAUCAAUGGAUACAAGAAAUUUAGCUCUACCUCUCGUUAUAUGCAAUAUAAUUGA